AAAAGGAGAUGACAUUGACAUUGAUUUAUUUUGGCGUAAGGCUCAAUUUUAUAAGAAACAAAAGUAAUUUUGCUAAAUUUAACUGUUAUCUAAUAAUAAAAAACUGAAACGUAUUUAUCAAUAACUAUGUUCUUACAAAAAUUGCUUCGUACAGAAAUUUACUUCAGCCACAGGAUUUUAUCAAGAGCAAAUUCAUCGUGGGACGUCGUUACAAGUGUCUGCGUAGAGAGACUGCCCGUAGUAACACCACCUAUUAAUGAAAUACAAAAGAAAUUUAAGGAUUUACUUUGGACGAUAGAAGUUGAAAAUAGCCUCAAAUCCGAUCAUGAACUAAGACAAGAAAAUGACAAAAAACAUAUGGAACUUCUUAAAAAAGAAUCAGCAGAGGUUGAUAUUGAUACUAUAAGCAAAGUUACUGCUCAAGAUUUUGAAGACGCUUCAAUCGAAGAAUUGGCUAAAUUUCGGUUUGCUGAUAUUGAAACAGAUGCAGAUAAAAAUGGUGACAAAACUACACAUGAUAGAUGUUUGCAGCGGCACUUAGUGUUAGUCACGGAUCAAAAACUAGGCGCUGAUGUUAAAACUAUCUUGCCACAGGGCAAGUGGAAGGAGGGAGAAACAUUAAGACAGACUGCUGAAAGAGUUCUUCGAGAGAGCUGUGGAACUGAUUUAAAAGUGACCUUUCUGUCUAAUGCACCUUGUGGAUUCUAUAAAUACAAAUAUCCCUCAGAGAUCAAUGGAAAAAUUGGUGCCAAGGUGUUCUUCUAUUACGCUAAUUAUAAAGAUGGGAAUGUUAGCAAUAAAACAAAAUCCAGUUGGUUGACUAGAAAUGAGUUAAAGGAAUUGUUACCAGUGAAAUAUAAUAAGUCAGUGCAAGAUUUUCUCAUACAAGAAACUUAUUAGUUAAUGUACUGUUUUAGAAGCUCGUAGUUAAGUAAAAAUAAAAUUUAUAGUUAUUAUUGCAGUG